CGACUCCCACCUCGUUUCAGACGUUGUUCGUCACGUGACCCUUUGGAGAUCGUCCAAACACAAUAAAAAUAGUCAAUUGAGCCUCUUGGGUCAGUCUUGAGCGACUUUCCGUGCGCGACACACGGAACAAGAGAGAGAAAGUGCUCCUAUUUGGGCUACACACAACCCCUUGCUAUUGCGACUAGAGUGAAAGUAUAAAUUGAAAGUGGAAGUGACGAUGGAUACCCUGUUCGUGAGUAAGAGAAUAUUUGUGGAUGGUGAACUGGUUGAGGGAGGAAUCCUUGUGUCGGACCAAGGUAAAAUUACAGAUAUUUUUACAAGAGCAGGAGAAGUUAAUUCCUGGAUAUAUCAGAAUGGAUCUGGAGAGAUUGUGGAUUUUGGUGAUCUUAUCAUAAUGCCUGGACUGGUGGAUUCUCAUGUGCAUAUCAAUGAUCCUGGAAGAUCAGAAUGGGAGGGAUUUGCUACGGCUACCAAAGCCGCUGCUGCUGGUGGAUUCACCACAAUUGCCGAUAUGCCACUCAAUUCCAUACCACCCACAACAACCGUGGAGAAUCUCAGGGCCAAAACCAAUGUGGCUCAUGGGAAAGUGUAUGUUGAUGUGGCUUUUUGGGGUGGGCUAAUCCCUGGCAAUGCAUCGAGUCUCAUGCCACUCGUACAAAAUGGAGUGAUUGGAUUCAAAUGCUUCCUCUGUCCAAGUGGCGUUCCAGAAUUCCCUCAUGUCAACGAGGAGCAGGUUGAGGAGGCUUUUAAAAUCCUCGAAGGCACAGAGAGUCUUCUUGCGUUUCACGCGGAACUUGAAUGCGGAUCACAUGGAAUGAGCAUCAUGGAAGAGAAUCCAAAGAAAUACUCUACCUAUCUCCACUCUAGACCAUCAAUAAUGGAAAAGAAAGCCAUCGAUAUGGUUACGAGACUAUCAGCCAAAUACAAUGUCCGCACGCACAUUGUACACCUUUCAUCAGCUGAUCCACUUCCAGUGAUAAAAGAAGCUCGAAUGAAUGGCGCCAGACUCACUCUGGAAACAUGUCAUCACUAUCUCACACUUUCUGCUGAAGAAAUUCCAGAUGCACACACCGAGUACAAAUGCUCACCGCCAAUUCGUACUGCUGAGAACAGAAUGAAAUUGUGGGAGGCUAUAAAGGCACGGGAUAUCGAUAUGAUCGUAUCGGAUCAUUCUCCAAGUACUCCAGGAAUAAAAUUGCUGACUUAUGGGAAAAGCCGUGGGGAUUUCAUGCGUGCUUGGGGUGGCAUAUCAUCCGUGCAAUUUGGUCUGUCGCUCUUCUGGACCCACUGCCAGAGUCAUGAACUUACUCUAAACGAUCUCCAUCGAUUACUGUGCCAGGAACCGGCUAAACUCCUCGGUAUUGACAGCUGGAAGGGCCGUAUUGCUGUAGGAUAUGAUGCUGAUUUUUGUGUCUGGGAUCCGGAUGCAUCAUUUGCAAUUACCAGCGAUAUCAUCCACUUCCAGAAUAAAGCCAAUCCGUAUAUGGGAAAAGUUGUUCGGGGAAAAGUUCAUGCGACUGUUCUACGUGGAUUAAUUGUCUUCAAAGAGGAUGAACCCUUUGCCAAUCCCAUGGGCAAGUUAAUCCUCAGGAAGAAAACUAAGAGGGCUGUUCAAUUUCACUAACAGUGAUAUUAAAUUAGGAAGGUAGACUCUUUUUUAGAAAUAACUAUUUUUUUUUUUUGGGGAUCUGAAAGGGUUUUCUAGUUGUAAAUAAAUUUGUUCCUUAGCGAUUUGAAAAUACAAAGUGAUUAUUUUCCAAAGAAAA